AUGGCCAACCUUGACGACGAACUCGCCCUGUAAGUUUCCUUCUUAAAAAGUGCUGUCAUGAAGGCUUUUGUUUCAGUUUUGAAAGCGAGUUGGCUCAACUCGAUGAGGCAAGCAAUGUCGCACAGAACACGGAGACGCACAUUGGAUAUGAAGGUGCUACCAUCUCCGCCGGACCGACUUCCCAAUCCAGCGCCACUGUAACCAGUCUUCCUGCGCCUCCCCAGCCACCACUAUUGGCCCCGUCGCCCUUCAUUCAAGUUCCUGCUGCCACCAUCUCUGCCUCUCCGUUCCUCAAUCCACUGGCUAGGCUGCCUAUUGCUCCGGUUCCUCCGACACUAUUCAUGCCUCCUCAACUCAGGGCUCCACCGGUAUGUUAAAAUUUAACCGUUUUCUUGUUGACAAUAUCUCCAUUUCCAGACGAUGUUUGCUCCUCGUUCCAUGGGAAUCCCUCCAGCCGCUACGAUCGAAGGAGCUCCCGCUUUGUACGAAACGCCCGCACUCAACACUAUUCCUCCAGAAUUUCUCCGAACACAAGCUCUUCAGUCCGAUAUCGACAAAAUGAACUUCAAGAAGCAAACGGAUCCUUUCAAAAAGAAGAUCAAGGAGCAGCAGUCGAAAAAGAAGUUUGUCAGGUCAGGAGGUGGACAAGUGUGGGAGGAUCCAUCCUUGGCCGAAUGGGACGAGAACGACUUCCGCGUCUUUUGCGGAGAUCUCGGGAAUGAAGUGUCCGACGAACUGCUCGCCAAGGCAUUCCGAAAAUAUCCGAGCUUCCAAAAAGCGAAAGUUGUUCGUGAGUCUCGGUCGAACAAAAGCAAAGGCUACGGAUUCGUUUCGUUCCGUGACUCUGAAGAUUACGUGAGAGCGAUGCGCGAAAUGGACGGAAAGUACGUUGGAAACCGGCCGAUCAAGCUGAGAAAGUCGUCGUGGAAAGAGCGUAACAUUGAUGUGAUCAAGCAGAAGAAGAAGCAAAAGAAGGAGCUUGGAAUCAUCUCCUAA